CAUAUUUGGCCGAAACGAUGGUCGCGGAGGGACUCAUACCGUCUGUGGACUCGUUCUUCUUCCUGACCAUCGAUGAGAUCGAGCGGCUCUGCAAUGGAGACAGAGAUGCACUCAUUUUGGCAAAAGUACGCCAAAGGAGGCGAUUGUACCCAAAGAUGGAUAAAUACAAGUUUGAAGAGAUCAUCAAAGGGCCAGAAAUGAUGCCCAAAAAUUUUGAAGAGAAGAUCGAUAUUCCGAUAUUGACUGACGGAUCCCUUAGAAUGUCCGGAACUCCUGUAAGUCUGGGAACAGUUAAGGCAAGAGUUUGUGUGGCAGAGAAUAUUAGUGACGCCGAUAAUAUUCAGCCGGGAGAUAUUCUGAUCACGUACUCGACGGACAUCGGUUGGAGUCCAUACUUCCCAUUACUUUCG